AUGGAAGAAAUUAUUCAAUAGCCCCUGCCAGUCGUUACUCCAGAGUUUCUACACAAAUAUGAGGGUACUAUAACAGUUGUAGUCGACUCAGUAGACAAAAUUAUUGCAAGAGCUUAGAGCGCAAUAUACAUAUAGGACAUUUUUGAAGAAGCUGAUUAAUAUGCCGCAGAUUUAAUGAUUGUUAACAAUAUGUCUGAGAUCCUUAGCAAAACCCAGCUAUUUUAGCAUGACUUUGAGGAUCAAAUUACCACUGAGAAGAGUUACCUUGAAGAGCCAAAUGGUCCUGGCUUGGAUGUCUACGCCACCUUUCAUCUCAAGGUUAUAAAGCAGACUAUACUUUCAAUAGCAAUAAUAUAUCUUUAAGGGACCCUCCUCGAUUUACUCAAUGCAAAGAAAAAUGAUCGCGGAGAGGAUAUAUUACCUAAACCACUGAUUAAUAACAAGAUUCAAGAAGAUGAUAGAAUGAUAUUAAACUUCAGAAGAAAAAAAGAGCGUGAAGAUAAGCUGAAAGAAGAAGAAAAAUUGAAAUAAGAUGCAUUAGAGCAAAGAAUGAAGGAUCUAGAUUAAAAGGGAAAUGCUUUGGAUGAUAAAAAUUUGGCUAAGAAACAAAUUACUUAUGAUUCAAAGGGGGAUGUCAUUUUUAUUAAAAAUGUAAGGGCUGAUGGUCUGCCUAAUCCACUUCUUAAUCCUCCAUUCAAGAUUAAAUCACAAAAGAAAGAUAGAGAGAGGGAGACUACAAGAAGCGAGUUUAUGGAAACCCACUCUUCGAUGAAAACAAAUGAGGAUGGAACUAAGAAAAAACCAAAAAUAUAGCCACUCUUACUAGCUUCCAUUGAAAUCCCACUAAUUAAAAAUGAAAUUACACCGAUGGGAUCUGUUUUUAAUGAAACUGAGCCAUAGGAUGGUAUUAAAAUCACUGAGGGAAAUAAAUUAAAAGUUGGAGCUAUGAACUUAAGUAAAAGAGAAAAUGGCCAGAUGACACUAGACGAGUAUAGAUAAUAAAAAGAGCAAUCAAUAGUUUAAAACGAAAUUGAAAUUCAGAGAAUGAGUCAAAUGUAAAAAAGGAGUACCCCUACAAUGAAAAUUAUUGAAUAGGAUUAAAGACUAGAAGAGGAAAAUGAGAAUAAGAUUAAACAAAUUUCCAUGUCAAACUUCAAUGUACCACCACUUAAUCUAAAUAAUCAAAGCCAAAUGGCUUAGACUUUUUAUAUGAAUAAUUCUAAGAUUCUCGACAUGUCUACUUAGAACUUUUACUAGAGUUAAUCAUAAAUUCAAAGUGGUAGGAUAUCAUAGGAUAGAGUAAUCAGGAAAAAAGAAAGCAUUGCUGAACUCAUGAUCGAUCUAAAGAGAGUAUAAAGCAACAUAGACUUUGAAUUGCAUGAAUAAAGUUCAUAUAUUGAUAAGUUUACGGAUGUGCUUAGAUAACCAAAGAAAGUUUAGUUCUAGCCAGCUUCAACUCAAUAGAAUUAUCAUUUUGAUAGUAAUUUAUCAUCAGCUCGUAAUUCAAGCAUGAAGAAGUAUGAAAACUCCAAUAGUGUUAGACUACUUCCACUACUAUCACAUAGAACAGGUAAUCAAUCAACGAACAAUCAAGAGACUAGAGACUAAGUUAGAAAGCUCAUGAAGAAAAAUAAUGAAAUCAUGAAUAAUAAUAAUUGGGGAGAGAAUCCUGGGGAAAUUACUAAGCCACCAAGAAACAUUGAGAAAAAACCGAAGGCAAUUGAACUUAAAAAAUCUAAUAGCUAACUUUUGUUGACUGUAAGAAGAAAGGAAAGAAACUUCAUAGAUUCUGUAAAGGAAAAGAAUCACUUGCCGCCACCUCCUUUAGGAAAAUCUCUUGGACACGGUAUAAGUAAUCUGCCAAGCAUUACUAGUUAUUAAUAAUAGCCAAUUAAGUUCUUAUGA